GCCACGGCGCUUCGGUCACCACGUCGCCACGUCGUCGCCAUGGCCAAGCACUUGCCCGUCGUCCUGCUCGCCGUCGCCGCCCUGGUCGCCCUCGCGGCAGCGGACCCCGCGCCACCACGAGAAGGCGGUGACGUGCACGCCGUGGAGCGCCGCGGCCUCCGCCACUUCUUCAAGGAGGCCAAGGGGAAGAUGCGCCACUUCGGCGGCAACAUGAUCAAGCUCAAGGGCUGCCUGCGGCGGAUGCCCGGGCUGCCCAGGACCGCCCUGCACAUCGCGGAGAACUGCGCGCUGUCGGCGUUCGGCGGCGUCCCCGCCGUGGCCGCGUGCGUCGCCGUGUCCGGGGCCGUGCCCGCCGCGCGCGCCACGUCGCACCUCGUCGUCUGCAUGGGCUGAGCGGGGCUGGGCGGGGAGCAAUGGAGGAAUAAACGGUGGGCUGUGUACACAUCA